AUGACGGUCUUUACUUUUGAAGGCGACGCCCUUGCCGCUACUACUAGUAGCAACGACCGCCAUAUGCAUAUGCAUAGCAAGAGCAGCAACAUGAUGAACACCAGAACGAGUGACAGUCCAAUCGACGCCAAGAACACCAGCAACAGCAACAAGAUGACGGCUGUUCCCAUCAUGAAAAGUCUUAGUGGCAUCAAGUUUGAUAGGGUUAGUGUUAACGGCAUGUUGGACGGGAGUGUGACCUUGACGAGUGAAGAGAUUUUGUUUUGUGAGGAGGAAGCUGCCAAGGCUGGUAGCAAUGCUAAUGCUAUACAUACCAACGUCAGCUGUACUGUAGAAAUCACAUUCCUGGAAAACUCUGCCAGCUUGCCAGAAUCAGGAGACUCUGUCAGUUUCAGAUUGGCAAGUCUCAAGGAUCUCAUGAGAUUCAGAAAUGCCAUCUCGGAAAACAUCAAACUUCUCAAGACACAAGCACAAAAGGCACCUUUUAAGACGAGCCUGAACCAGUCCGGCACUCCACAGGUACAGCUGCAAAAUGGAGGUCACAGCUUGAAGAAUGCACGCGCAAGUACAAGCACUAGUUCAGGAAGAACACGAGAGGCCCCUGCCAAUGAUGGCAAUGCCAACAACAAUCCCUUCCUAAAUCAUGGCAAGACGGGCUUCCAGUUCAGUGCAGGUCAAAUGUCCACUGAUUCUGCUACGGGCACAGGUACCACUACUACUGAUGCCGCUUUCAAACGCAAAAAGAGGAGAAAUCCAGGUACUGGCUUCGCAAACAAUGCCAACCACAUGCACAGUAUGCACAGUAUGCACAACAUGCACGCUGCAGGUGCUCCUCCAAUGCCUUCUUUUGGCCAACCGUUUCCUCAGGCAUUUCCUCAAGCGCAAACGCAGCAAUCUCCGUAUUCGGGAUAUCCCCCCUACCCUGCAAUCCCGCCGCCGCCUCCUCCAUCACCAUUGACGCUUCCCUAUGGUUACCCAUCGUAUCCUUAUCCAGCUGCCACUCCGCCCUACCAAUAUCUUACACCGUACGGUCAUCCAUCGUACCCCACGUUUCAUCAUCACGCACAUAUUCCUCCGCCUCCACCGACCUAUCCACCGUACAUUCAUCCACAGCAGCAGCAAGCAUACAUGCAUCCACCGCACCCAACACAUCAACCACCUCCCAAUCAACAUCAACAACAGCAAGCUGCGCCAACAGCACUGACAUCAGAAUCACUAGAGCCUAACCAUCCGGCCUAUGUUCAGCCAUCUCUCAUGGCACAGUCCUCCAUGGCAUCGUCGGUGGGAGUGGGAUCAAUUACAUCCGUGGGACACCAACAGCAACAGCAACAGCAGCACCAUCAUGCUGGUCACAACAGAUACUACAGCAAUAACGGCAAUGGUACAAAUCGGCAACCGCAACCAACGAACAAUUCCAGGGACAGGGAUUACAACAACAACGACGACCGCUUUCGUGGUGGGGACCAAAACCACGGAGGGAACGAUGAGAAACCUACUGGGGGCAAUGAGGGACCUGCUAACAGAAGAUACUAUGAAGACAGCAAUCACAACGGACAGCGAAGAAUGGGAGACAACAACAUGAACGGUAGAAAUUAUGGAAAUGGCAACGACGACGCCCCAACGCAUCGAACCAAGCUGAAGGAUAGAGACUAUGAUGACGACGUGGACGUGCCAAGGCAGAAUGGAUACUACAACGAUGCCGACAACCGUUCCAUGAUGCAACGCAACAAUCACAGUCCAAUUGCGAUGUCAGGGAAAACAAUGCCCCGUUCCGAAAGCAACGGGUAUGAUGACCAAAUGAUGCGACGAACUGACAGUGUCAGCUAUGACAGUUACAACAACGGCAAUGUUCGAACAAUGAGACGCAACGACAGCGCCAACAGCCACAACUACACAGUGGAAAACACAAACGUCCACAACCUCAUGAGGACAAGCAACAGCACCGAUGGGUCUCAACCGAGCAAACUUUUGAACUUGGAGAACGUGGGGAUUUCUGCUGUUCGGCAGUACGUUCCGGACGUUCGCAGCAGUGAGCACAGCAGACGCUCUGUUUCGCCAGGGCCGACUACAAGAAAAGGACCACAAUACGAACCUGAUUACAGUGCUCAGAGUCUUCGGGGAAGGCCGGAUUUGAAGAGAGAUUUCCGGGCAAAUGCUUAUGCAAGAUCGCUUUCACCCGGACCACGCAACAAUUCGGCAGGAUCUCUGCGGGGAAAGUCACAAAGGGGAAAAGAUCCCUUGGCGGAUGACAGUGUUCUGGAUGAUAGCAGCAGCAGCGCCUCUUCGUCUUCCUCCUCGUCAUCAUCUUCCUCUGACAACAGACCGAGAUGCUCCUCUGAACCAGAUUUGACAAAAAUGAUGCAGGGCUACAGGAGCAAAAUGCACGCUAGAUCAUCCAGUGGAAAUAGCACUUCUUCCAAGCAAAAUGCAACAUUCGAAAAGAAGCCAAAAGGCCAGAAGGCGAAAGCUAGACCAUCCAUCACCAAACGAUUUAGAGAGUUCUCCAACCGGUCGCUCAAAGUGGAUCUGAAUGAUGACAAAUACAAUAACGAGACUGGCGGUAAAGUGAAGCGAGACGACACGGAACCCAAUGUGUUGGCCAAACCACAGCAUUCAUCUGAUACGUCGCUCGUCUCAAAAGCUCAGGGCAGUUCUCUGUCCCCAUCUGUAACCUCACCGGCACCAAGAGCCCUACCACAACGUCCUCUGAGAAGGGGCUUAUCCUUUUCGAGGGCACAGUCCAUGAGGGGAUCAUUUGGCUCGAACUUGGAAAGUAUCGAAAAACAAGAGUCCACGAAAUCACUUAACGAAAGUGAAGCGUCCGUGACUGCCCCUCCCACCGCAACACGAAAGAGCCCCACCGCGCCUGCUUCCAUAACACGCCCUCCGAUGCGCUCGUCUUUUGACAGAAUGCAAAGCUUGAAAAUGGUCAAGGGGAAGCCAGUGUUGCCCACUGGAGCGUCCCCUCGCGGUGGCAACAGAGGGGGCUUCAUGCGAAAGACUUCCUCAGAACGAUUCUUACGGACCUCCCUACUCGACAAACAAGACGAAACUGACAGAUCUCAGCAGAAGUCGAAUUCGUCCAGGAGCCUACUUGGAGACAUGGAAUAUGACGAUUCAGACGAAAGCAAUAAUAGUGACGAGCACGACCAAGGCGCUAAGAAAGAAAUUCAACCACCAGCGAACGAGAAGCUGCAUUUUCAGUCUUCGCCACCAGGUGCAAACGUUCCAGGUGUUCAGUUCGUUCGUAAGCUUGGCAGCGACAGCAGUAACAAGAGCCACAGUCACACUCAUGCUCACAGCAGCAGUGAUCCCCGUGGAAUGAGGAGAACGCUAUCGAAGUCAAAAUCCUAUUGUGUGAGGCCUACGGUUAUGGGGAAACAAAUAUCUCUGGAGUACGAAGAUACAGGAUCGCAUAGCCAUUCGCAUGAUGAUAUCUGUGACGAAGCCUGCCGAGAGGCCCCUGGGACAACCUCUCGGACGAUGGCGAUGAGGCGAAGGGAGUCUCUCUCGGUUGUCGAACAUUCUGCAGGUCGAGCCAACUUGGCUCAAAUGAAAAUCGAAUCUAUGCGUCGAUUGGAAAAAGACGGCACAGAGACACGAGACCCAAGAGGUAGAAUACCACUGACGAGAAACGUAAGAUCCUCGAGUCCUAUGGUACGCGGAUAUCCUGAGAAGAAUGGGCCUCAGUCUGCAUUGCGAAAAGAAAAUCUGCCAAGUGCGAAACCAACGAACGAUGACUAUGCAUAUGACAGCGAGGAAGAAUCGCUUGAGGCCGUUCGAAAGGAGUUCGAAUUGGAAGCAAGAUUGAAGAAAGAGAUGGCGAGUCUUUCAAACCCGAUGCUGAAAAAUGGAAAGAGUGACGGUGAAGACAAUGAAGACAGUGACUGCAGCAGCGCUUCCCUUCGCACGGCCAAGAAGGAGCUCAAGCUGGAGGAGAGGUUGCGGCCAGCGAAAGCACGUCAACAAACUCUAACCACGCGACCCGACAGCGCAGCUAGAAGCAAUGGCAACACAGACCAAAGGAGCGUGACCGACCGCAGGCAACUCUUGCGAACCACAUCGUCUGAACGCCAGCUCCAGAAACCGCCGUCGCUUGUGAAGAAGGAAAUGGCGCGACUGGGGUCAAGAAGGAACCUUAUGGCCAUGGAUUCGGACAACUUCAACAAGGAGGACGAACAAAGGCUAUCUGAUCAGAAAGAAACACCAAGAGUGCGGGCUACGAGGCCGGGGGUACAAUAUGUAAGGAGUUGUAGUGCAGGUGACGCAGAUGCUGAUAGCACGAAUCCCUCGAGCGGUAGAAACGAUAGAGGGGAAAGUGCCGAUGGGGGUGCCGAAGGAAAGAGAAAGGGCCGCAGGCGGUUAUUGCGAACCGCGUCAAGCGACAGGGAUCUUCAGAAGCCCCCCUCGCUUGUGAGGAAAGAAUUGGCAAGGUUCUCAAGUGGUAGGAACCUGAUGAUUAAGAGUGAGCAUGGCGAGGCUAACAUGAAGCCCGAUCCUGCUCUCUGGAGAGCUUCCUAUGAAAAGAGAAAGGUUGGCUUGCUCGCCGCUCGCAUGCGAAAUGACGCUGAGAAAAAGCCACAAGUCAAUAGGUCGCAGUCUGCCAGGAAUCUUACUAACAGACCUUCGAUAUACAAGCAAGCGUCGUUUGCCAGCGUCAGAAGCCGACGCGAAGACGACGAAGACUCUUUUGUUGAGUCCGCCAACUCUGACGUCUUGCCCGAUCCAUCCAAAAGUGAUCAAGAAGAACCUGAUGAAUACGAUUCAUGCGCAGAAAGUCGCCGAUCUGAUGUCAGGCAGGACUUGGUGAGCCUUGGAACCAGUAGCCGAAGCUUGAAGGGACAAUUGUAUCCCACUGCAGCAGAUUGCGAAGACAGCGUUACAACUAACACAGAAGGAUCCUUUUCGAAGCGCCCGAGUGAAGAAAAGCUGAGACCUCAGUGGCGAGCUACAAAACCAGGGAUCCAGCACGUUAAAAACGAUAAUAUAUCGCAUUCCAUGGCAAAACAGGAUAUGGCCGCCCUGGGCAACCAGCGUGCCAAAUCGAAUGGGAUGCAUAUUGCUCCUGGUGCUCCUGAUCGAAGAUUCAGAGACUCUGCAAACUACGACGAAGAGAGCAAGGAAGAAAUCACUGAAGAUCCCGAGGCCGUCAUGCCUGGAAUUUCGUUUGCCAGAAACAACGACAAGGACAUGGUUAGCGAUCAGAUUGGGUUGAAAGAACUGCAGCUCUCAGGAGGACCAACCGAUGCAUCCGUUGCUGUGUCAACAAUGUCAAAUGAUUUUGAUGCAGCGGCGUCAAAUGACGUUGAUGCAGCGGCUCGGGAAAAGUCGAAGCUGGCGGGCGACAUUGAUCACGGAAACGGAAUGAUUGAUUAUGACACCGAAGAGUUCAACCCCGACGGCUUGAUUAUGGCAACGUUGGUCGAUGAAGACGUGGACAACAUUGUGACCGCGGUGACAGUUGAUCCAGAAGAGGAGUUUAGGCGAAAGAGAAAGGUGUACAUCAUGGUUUCGAUUGGUUGUGGCUGUCUUCUGCUUAUCAUUACGUUGAUUGCUGUCUUUGCUGGCCCAAGCAGUUCAAAUAUGCCGGAUGUGCCUCCUCCCCUAACCCCAGAAGAACGCUACGAGUUAUACUACAACCAUCUGCUUGGGCUUGGAUACAACUCUACCGUUUUGGAUGACCCGUCUAGUCCACAGAGCCGAGCACUGACUUGGAUUUCCAUGGUCGACACAUUGUAUGAAGACCCAUCAAACUUGAAACCGUUCGAGAUGAUUGAAAAAGUAAAUCAACGGUUCUAUCUGGUGGUCUUUUACUACACGAUGCUUCAAGAAGGACAAUGGAAUAACUGUAAGGAACCCGAAACUGGCGAAAGCAAUGCAUGUGUCCACCAUAACACCGAGUCGUUUGGUGUUGAAGGCCAAUAUUAUAAUCAGCAGCAAAGCCAACCGACGUUCCGUUGGCUGUCAAAUGUGGAUGAGUGUGGAUGGGGAGGGAUUCAAUGUGAUGAUGGGGAGUGGGCAUCUCACAUGUGGUUAGGUGGCAAUUCCUUGGAGGGCACCCUCCCCAUCGAACUAGCCGAGCUGCGGAGCCUUAAGGUCUUGGAUUUGCAGCAGAACCGUUUGAAGGGGCGCUUGCCACCGACUUGGGGCCUCAUGGCAGUCAAUGGAUCUAGUCUGGAGAGUAUUCGUUUGGACAAGAACGCGUUAACAGGAACGAUCCCCAAGGAAUGGGCAAUGAUGAACAGCACAAGCCUGAGAGAACUUAUCCUGGCCCACAAUUUCUUCACUGGCAGCCUGCCAUCUGAGCUUGGCUUGUUGCAAGGGAUGGAAGACUUCUCCGUGAUGUACAACAGCUUGACUGGCACUUUACCAGAAACGUUUGGCGAGAUGAGCAAGUUGCAAACAAUACAUUUUGCGAAGAACAGCUUCGAGGGCAGGAUGCCGGCUUCGGUCUGCGACCUGGUGGAGGAAGAUUUGUUUGAGGCAUCCACCGAUUGUCUGGACAUCCUUUCCGAUUCCUAUGUUCAGUGUUCCUGCUGUACUACAUGCUGUUCACAUACUGAAGCCGGGGAUGGGGUUUGCGAGCUAAAGUUUGACAUUAAAAUGGGAAUCCAACGAGGAAUUGGUGGAGGCUGGUUUCAGAGUGACGAGGGAGAACCGUGA